AAGUUCCUGAACUAUGAAAUUGUACAUGAUCUGCACUGCAGCAUAACCAUAACCUUCAAACGUAUUAGCUCCGUGUAAAAUUCCGCCUAUAAGCGAAUCACGUGCGUUACUCCAGAUUAAUAUUUCAGAAGAUAGCUACAGCUUUUAGUUAUAAACCGCAAGGAAGUCCCAGAUUUUGUUGAAUUUUCAGUAGUUUCCAAAUUAUACUAAAUAUAAAAUGAGUGAAGCAUCUAAAAGAAUUAUUAGUCACAUGAAUGAUGACCAUCAAUUGGCAUUAAUUGAUUAUUUGGUCAUAUAUGGUGAACAAGAAUUGUAUACUUUCAAGCAAUCUUCAGUUAAGUUAACUGAUGUUAAUGAAAAAUCCUUCACAUUAAAUUAUGAAACUAUUUCUAAUGAAUCAAAAAAAAUCACUAUUCACUGGGCUGAUGCAUCUGAAGCAGAAGUUUUAAAAGUAAAUAGUUUAAAGGAUGUUAAAGAUAAAUUGAUUUCUAUGGCUAAAUAUGCUGCUGCUAAACAAGGUUAUUCUCAUAAGAGACUUACCAAGGUAUUACCUCCAAACAAUCUUUUCGCUUUAAGCUUGUAUAUUUUAAUACCUGUUUUAAUUACUAAUCAUUUUAAACCAAAAUUGAUUCCUUCUUAUUUGGGUAAAGAUUUACUUUAUCUUCAAAUUGUCAAGUACAUUCCAGCUAUAAUUUCCAAGAAUCAAUCUUUCAUAUUAUAUGUUAUUGCUUUUCUUCAUGUUCUUGAAACUCUCUUCUUUACAAUUCCAAGAUUAGUUCAGUUUAGAGCUCCUUUUAAACAAUCGGUUGCUUGGAUUAUUAUGGGUCUCUUUGAAGGGUUUGGAUCUUUAAUUAGAAUGAACGCAGUUACAUCAGACUAAAAGUCUUAGUAUAGGACAGUAUAAUUCAAUUGAAUUAAUUAUUUACAUUACACU